UCGGACAGUCCUUUAACCGGAAUGUCGCUCUCUCUCCGUCCUAAAUCCGUGCCAAACGCGAGCCGCACAGAUACAGUGACGUCAGCUCCGAGACACUGAACCAAACACAUCAAGCCCCACUGGCUGCGCUGCCGCGAGACGGGAAGCAUCGGCCAUAUUAAGCGUCACAUCUUUGAAUUCCUCCUUCAAUUUAAAAGAAUCAGUCUCGCCGCGGAGCAAACCUACUGCGCCGUGAUCUCUGUGUGCAAUUAUUGUAAGCAUGUCCGCUAAUUUGAGCGAGGGGCCGGGUUUGGAUGAGAAAUGGUUCGGAGAGGAGGAGGAGGAGGAGGAGGAGGAGAAGAAGAACAGGAUGUUUGGGAGCACAGGGCCCCGUUUCGACGAGAUGCGGGACGAUCUGGACGCGAAAUGCUGGGAGACAACGAACUCGCCCAAGCAACAAUUCCAUCCCUUUGAAGGAAGCGACGUUGCCAUGGAAACUGCAUCUACAGGUGAAUCUCUGUCUGACAUGCAUUUGAAGUCAUCCCCAGGUGAGGGGGAUCUGUACACAUCUCUCCUUUCCUCUAAGUCCUCCUCCAAUCCUUUCAGUGAUGGCACUCCUCUAUUCUCCUCCGAGGGCAACCGUUCUCCUCCUGCUCCCACCGGAACCGACUCCGGCAUCUGCAUGACACCGGGAGACCCCUCAGACCAUCAUAUGACCCUGCAGGGCUCACACAAGCCUGACCACUACAGCUACAUGGACAUGGGUGAUGAUCUGUCUGAUUUUGGUAGUGUUGGCAGUGCCAAGAAUAAGCAGCAGCCUCCCAUGUGUGUCUAUGGAGAUGAUGACGAUGAUGAUGAAGAUGAAGAUGAUAUUCAAAACUUAAAGCCGAAGAACCAAGAAAAGGAAAGUAAAGAAUCCAGCCACGACCCCUUUGAUCUGGGUCGCUAUUUGGAGAAGAGCCCUCUUGGUUCUGAAGAUGUGGAGGUGAAGGACGUUAAGGGAUCAGCAGGCGGGCAGCACACGUUUCCAUACGUGGAGGAUCCUUCGGACGAGGAGAUGGCAGAUUACCGAUCGUAUCGCAGGAUGGAAACGCCACAGAGUGUCAGCCCUGUGAAGAUCACUGUGACUACAGAGUCCCACACCGCAACAACCCAGGCAAUGAGAGUGUCUCCACAAGGGGGAGUGUCCGAGAGAGAGAGUGUGCUCAGUCUUGGUCAGCAGGGUCUUCCCACUGUUACACUGUCAGAACCAGAAGAUGACAGCGCGGCCUCCUCAGCUAACCACUCCCCUAACCACUCCCCUACAGGCCGAGAAUCUCCAUCUGACGUUCUAUUCCAGCCUGCAGGAAUGAAGUCUGUGAGCUCCACCCAAGAUUCUAGCAACACCAUUUAUCAUUCCAAUCUUCCAGGAGACCAGAACAUGAAGGGCACCACUAAACCUUCCUCCCCAUGGAUGCAAGAACUUGAAUGCAGUGGAGAUGAGUCUGGAGAUUCAGAGAUUGAGCAAGUGGCUGAAGAAUCUGAUUCACCAACACACGACUUGACAUCCAAGACUCCACCAGCAAAAGGUGGAUUCAGCCAACCAAGCAACCCAUUUGAGCAGACCAGCUACACAUCUAUCACCGAUAAAGCUAGCAACCCAUUUGAAAAGCCUCAAACCAAGGUCAGUGCUAGUAACCCAUUUGAGCUGUCUGGAGGUACAAAGGGUGGUUUCGGUCAAUCCAGCAACCCACCGCUCUACAGUCUGCUAAGAGAGGAGAGGGAGGCAGAGCUCGACAGUGACCUGCUAAUCGAAUCCGCUUCUGAGGAGAGUCCCAAGCGGGAACAGGAAUACUCUGCUCCAAAACAUCCUGAAACAUCUUCUCUGACUUCGGGCCUUACUCCCUCUAAACCCAUCACAUCUUCCAGCGCCUUGGCCUCUCCCUUCCCUGAACCCCCAACCAGCACCUUGAGAGAAAAUGAGAAAGAGAAAGAAAAGGAGAAACCAGCCGCUGUUGAGAAGCCCAAGCUGCAACCAGAGGACAGCUGGUCCACCAAACCUAGGCCUGCAGUAAUGGGAACAUCUACAGCAACUCUGGAGCCAAGUCAGGACAAGGAGAUCAAAAGUAAAAGCAGUACUGAGAGUACACCCACAGAGAAAGAGGCAGCUCUACCCUUCUUCCAGAGCAUCAACAGACAGAAAGUGGUAGAUCUGUUACACUGGCGGGAUCUGAAGCAGUCUGGACUGGUGUUCGGCAGCAUGUUGCUGCUGCUGUUCUCUUUAACCCAGUUCAGUGUGGUGAGCGUGGUAGCGUAUCUCGCUCUGGCUGUCCUCUCUGCCACCAUCAGCUUCCGAGUCUACAAAUCAGUCCUGCAGGCAGUGCAGAAAACCGACGAGGGACAUCCUUUCAAGGCAUAUCUGGAGGUAGAGAUCACUCUGUCAGCAGAUCAGAUCAGUAAGUAUGUGGAUAAAACUCAGCUGUAUGUCAACACUACCAUGAAGGAGCUUCGCAGGCUGUUCCUGGUUCAGGAUCUGGUGGACUCCAUAAAGUUUGCAGUGUUGAUGUGGUUGUUGACCUAUGUGGGCGCUCUUUUUAAUGGCCUGACCCUGCUGAUUCUUGCUGUAGUUUCCAUGUUCACCGUGCCAGUUGUUUACGAGAAGUACCAGACGCAGAUUGAUCAAUACUUGGGCCUGGUGCGCUCCAAUGUUAACUCAAUAAUGGGAAAAAUUAGAGACAAGGUUCCAGGGGCCAAAAAGAAGGAAUAAACUCUCCGCUUCUAUACAAAUAAACACUAUAGCCAGUAAAAAUGACAACUUUUGCCAGCACUAAAGGACCCCAACUACAUAGGAGGCCAAUAUACCACCUCAAAAAACAUAGUCAUGUUAGUAUAAUGGUACCUUAAAAAAAAACACUGUUGCCAGUCACUGGUGAAGCCCUGCACUAAUAGCUAACACUGAUUCACAAACAUAACACCUUGUGGGCGACCGUAGAGCUAUAGAUAUACCAGAGGGAUGCAAAGUGCUUCUCUCUUCCAUUGCUUCUGUUUCAAGUGCAUGAAGUCCAGUCUUGAGUAAAUAUUUGCUAUCUCUACAGUGUUCUUUUUCUCUCUCUCUGCUUUGUUGCAAUUCAUAUUUCCUGCUGUAAAAUGUGACACAAAAAUGAAGCUCACGCCUGUCAUAUAAUCUCCUGCUGCCAUGUCGAUUAAUUGCUUAAAUUCACUGUCACUGGCUCUAUGUACAGACAUACUUAUAAGUCGAACUGUGAAUUGGUUACUUUUUUGUUCUUUUCUGUGUAUCUGAGCACAAUGAUAAUUUGAAGAUGUUAUGACUAAAUGUGGUAACUGUAAUUUUUUUUUGCAAAUCAGUAGGGACACAUGUAUGAGUUUAAAGAAAAGCUUUGUGGUCCUUCUGUAGGGCCCCUGACGGUCAGACUGCAGAGCAACUUCAGCUGUACUAAACUCUGUCCAACUUUGUACAAUGUUCAGUGUUCGGUUAUUUUAAAGUCUUUAACUAUUUGCACUCUGUAUUUAAUUGACGAAAGAGAAAAAUAAAUGUUCCUUAAUGUA